CGACGUCGUCAAUUCGUGAUGCAUUAAGGAUAACAGACAUUCGCCAUGCCUUCUCAGAUCAUACUAUUCGACCAGUCCAGGAGUGCAAGCCACCUCCUCGCAAAAGUCUUGAGCAAACAACCAAAGCUAGAAAAACUUCACAGUCUCUACUCUGCUUGUCGUGGGAAGCAGGUUGAAUGGUUGACCAGCGAUGAUUGGGAAAACGGCAUGGCUGAAGCAGACUAUUCUGCAUUCAAAGCCUCAGCCAGAACAGCAACUGCUGAUAAGAUCCUUCUGAUCCACGACCAUCCAUUCAGCUCUGCGCACCCAGAACACGUGCAGAGUUUCAUCAACUCUUCUUCGACCAUCCCACCAAUACCCGAGAACUUCACGAGCAUACCAGACACCCUUUUGCUCCAUACAAACACAAUCCCUGUGCUUACGAUUCGUGACCCACGUCUUGCGGUUUCAUCAGCCUACCGCGUUCUUACCUCCUUCGGCUUCUCCCACGGUAGUGGACGACCAAACUUCCUCAUAAGCACAACUCUUGUUUGGCAGCGCAGACUCUACAAUUUCUUUUGUUCCCACGGAGUGCAGCCUAUGGUCAUCGAUGCCGAUGAUAUAAUGACCGACCCCGGAUACUGUCGCUUUGUUUGCGAGAAAUUAGACUUGGAGCCAGAGUUGGCUUGUAUAGAAUGGGAGAAAAUCACAGAAGAGGAAAAGGCGAAUAUCCAUCCGAUGUUGUAUGCUAGUCAAAUGGGAUUGUUGGAGUCGACUGGCUUGGACGCGAGUAGAGCGGCGAAAAAUUUGGAUUUUGUCGUUGAGGAGAAGAAGUGGGAUGAUGAGUUUGGAGAUGAUGUUCCGAUGGUGAGGGAGAUGGUUGAGUCGGGUAUACCGCAUUAUCAGUAUUUGCGCGAGCGAAGACUGAGGAUGUGA